UCACGUAAACCACGUCCGAUAGUGCGUUGCCUUAAGCGUUUGCGGCCUUUCUAACAACCUUUUCUAAGUGCAAAAAAACAGUGAGUGCAAUGCAAAUAUUGCAAUUUGUCGCAGUUUGUCUCCUAGCGAGCACCUCCUUGUGUGUUCCAAGCGAUAAACUGCUGCGCAGCACCGAAAUCAAACUGCUGGAGUUAAUGGUGGAUACACGCGCUGAGCAACGCGACAAUCCGGAACAAAGUCUGGCUUGUUUCGAAUACUAUCUAAAGGUGUUCGAAGAGCUGAACGAGGAGUAUCGUGAAAGCUAUGCGGCAUGCUUGGCUACAGCAUCGGAUAAACGCGACCAGAUAGAUGAGAACGCACAGCCUGAGCGCGAUGCUAUUGAGGAGUCGGCGCUCUCCACGUGCACGGCACUGAAGGAAUGCGCGCUACUAGCCGAUUCAGUGCUGUACUUCAAUUGCUUUGCGAUUAGCGGCAAGCAAGGCACCGAAAGUAUGUACAAAAUUUCCGCGGAUGCCAGUGAGACGCUGGCAGAAGUAAGCGAACAAUACCGUUUGAUCGAAACUGAAGAGCAUCGUUGUACAAAUGCCACAGGUCGCGUCUAUGUGGAAAAAUCUCAUCAGGCUAGUGAGGAUUUGUCGAGCUGUCUUCGUGGCGAAACAACUGUGCCCUCAACAACGGGUACUCCAUCGACGCCGCCCAGCGAAGACUCCAGCACAACUGCAGCGAGCAUAAAUUGGAAAAGUGACCAUAGUUAUGAUGAUCAAUUUCUGCCUGCUGUAGAUUCACAUGAUGUGAGGAGUUAUCGCAAGUCAAACGGGAUAUAAAUAGUGGAAAAAAUAUAAAUCAAUUUAUUAAAA